AUGGAUAUCUUCCAGGUACUCACGAGGGGAGCCAACGUAAAAAAGAAUGGGAAAUUAGGGGCGUCAGGCGACUUUAGCAAGUCAAAUGGGUCUCAACGUAAACAGAUCCAGGCGGGAAGUACCCGGAAAGAGGAUGACAACAAGCAACUCACCAAGGAGCUUGAUUUCUUCAGAAACAAGAAAGUGGUGAGCAAGACAGAAAACGCGCAAGCUGGGAAACACGAUCCUGCGGAGGACAUUGCGGCUGAGGUGAGCACUUUGGGAGACGAGAUGCCACCGCCCAAAAUCUCGAGUGCUCACGAUGCGGUCCUGCUGCGAAAGUCGUAUAAAGGGAAUGUUACAGGCCAAGAUCUCCCACUGCCGAUUGGUUCGUUUGAGGAUUUGAUAACACGUUUCCAAUUUGAUAAGCGAUUACUGUCGAACUUGAUUGAAAGCCACUUUACAGAACCUACGCCAAUUCAAUGCGAGGCUAUUCCUCUAGCUCUUGAAGGGCGUGACGUUUUGGCGUGUGCGCCUACGGGUUCUGGUAAAACUGUGGCCUUCAUAUUGCCACUUUUGCAGCAAAUAAUAUCCCUGGGGGACAAAGAGGGCCUCAAAGGCCUGAUAAUAUCGCCCACGAAAGAGCUGGCUAACCAGAUUUUUGUGGAGUGCAGCAAGCUUAGCCACAAAAUCUACUUAGCCAGAAAGAGGCCCCUUAAUAUUGCCCUUCUAAGCAAAUCCUUGAGUGCAAAGCUCAGAAACAAAGUUAUCAGCGACAAAAAAUACGACUUAAUAAUUUCCACACCGCUGAGGUUGAUAGAUGUUGUUAAGAACGAAGCACUAGACCUUUCAGAUGUUAAGCAUCUGAUAUUUGACGAAGCUGAUAAGCUGUUUGACAGCACCUUCGUGGAGCAAGCCGAUAGCAUUCUUGCAUCUUGCCAAGAUUCUCAGCUCAGAAAGUCUAUGUUUUCUGCGACAGUUCCUUCCAGUUUGGAGGAAGUCGUCAAUAGCAUUAUGCUGGAUCCAGUAAGGAUUAUAAUUGGCCAUAAAGAAGCCGCUAAUGUCAACAUCGAGCAGAAGCUGGUUUAUUGUGGUAAUGAAGAAGGAAAGCUGGUCGCGAUUAGGCAGAUGAUACAGGAGGGUGGGUUCAAGCCUCCGGUGAUUAUUUUCCUUGAGUCUAUCACCAGAGCUAAAGCUUUAUUCCAUGAACUGCUCUACGACAAUCUAAAUGUCGACGUUAUCCACGCAGAAAGAACUCAAGUUCAGAGAAACACAAUCAUUGAGCGCUUUAGGACAGGCGAGCUGUGGUGUUUGAUCUGUACCGACGUGUUGGCUCGUGGUGUUGACUUCAAGGGCGUUAACCUAGUUAUAAACUACGACGUGCCAAGGUCAGCACAGGCUUAUGUCCACAGGAUUGGUAGGACCGGAAGAGGUGGCCGUGAAGGUAAAGCUGUGACAUUUUACACCAAGCAGGAUGACAUGGCUAUCAAACCCAUAAUUAACGUCAUGCGUCAAAGCGGUUUUGAAAUCGCUGAGUGGAUGGAGAAAUUUGCAAAGAUGACCAAGAGAGAGAAGGAAGCUCUAAAGAAGGGAAAGUCGCGGCCAGAAAGGAAGCAGAUUAGCACAGUACCCAACGUGGUCAAGAAAAAGAGAAGACAAAGAGAGCAAAUGGUGGAGGCCUCGAAAAAACGCAAGGAGCAGGACGACGAGGAGCGCUCUUGA